AUGCAGGACACACCUGGAAACAAAGCAGCCGUCGACGCUGAGGUUGAACUCUCCCACCCCGAGCAUCGUGAUGUUCCAUCGGGAUACGAAGAUCCUCACAAAGCCGCACUCGAAGACAAUCCCGAGCAUGCUGAAAAGCUUAGCCUUUCUGUCAUCCUUUCUGCUCUUUUCCUCGGCACAUCCUUUACGGGUCCGAUUAUCUUCGGCUUCAUCCUCGCCACUCCUAUUCUUGUGCAAUUAAGCCAGAUCCUCGGGGGUGAGAAUAUUGAUUUUUGGAUACCAUCUGGAUGGGGUGCAGCUGCCGCUGUCGGAUUCUCCAUCGCAGGAAGGCUCUCAGAUAUCUUUGGACGCAGAUAUGUCAUCCUAGUGGGACAGCUGCUCACCGUGGUGGGUGCGGCCGUUGCGGCCAGUGCACACUCGAUGAAUCAGCUCAUUGCGGGUGAAGUAAUACUUGGUGGCUCGAUUGGAACCGUAUCGGUGGCCUAUGCAGGUAUCUCUGAAAUCCUGCCGAACAAGUGGCGUGGUGUCGGUCUGGCAUGGACUGAACUUAACCUUGCCAGCUGGGCUAUUGCAGGAACCCUCCUUGCCAAUGCUCUCCUGUCACAUGCGAGUUGGCGAGUCAUGUUCUACAUCGCGGCAGGCUAUGGCGCGUUCUCCUUCAUCGGCACUCUCUUCGUCUACUUCCCGCCAAGUCAUCCACGUCCCGACGGCCUCACGAAGUGGCAAGAAUUCAAACAGCUGGAUUUUCUUGGCGCCGCUCUCUAUGUCUCAGGUCUCGCUGUCUUCCUCUUCGGUCUCAAUUCUGGCGGCAACACAUACCCCUGGAAGAGUGCAGGCACUUUAGCACCUCUUAUCCUCGGUCUUAUUGUCUUCUUGGGAGCUUUUGUCUAUGACUUCAAAGUUGCCAAGGAUCCGCUCUUUCCGUGGUACCUGUUCAAGAUGUUCCGGGAGUUCUCAUCACUUUUGAUGCUGGUUUUCGUUGCAGGCAUGGUCUUCUUCGCAGCAUCUGCUCUGAACGCGCAGACCAUACUUUACCUGUACACGGCUGAUCCCAUCAAGAUUGGUGUUUAUUCAAUUCCCUCAGGUGCUGGUCAACUUGUCGGAGGUGUCAUCAUUCCUGGCCUUGUGCACUACAUCAAAUACGUGCAUUAUCAGUUGACCUUCUCUGUCUUUAUGCAAACGCUCUUCUUCGGCCUUGCAGCACUAAUCACUCCACACAAUAUCAACUGGGUAAUGGCUGUGCAGUUCCUGGCCAUGCUUCCGUUCGGAUGGGUGACUUUGAACUCAUACACGACUGCGUCUCUGCAUGUUCCCCAGCGCGACCUUGGCGUUGCUAUCGGCUUGAUCGGGACUUUCCGCUCUCUCGGUGGUGCUGUAGGAUCCGUGGUCUUCUCCUCCAUCUUCAACCAGAUCUCAGCCAAGCAAGUUCCUCAACGAAUUGGCGAUGUAGCAUUGAACGCAGGCAUUUCGGCCAAGAACCUCCCAGACCUCAUUGAGGCCGUCUCGUUGACACUUGUCGGCGUUCCUGGUCAAGCUGCAACUGUACCUUCUGUCUCGGCAUCCGUUUUCUCGAAAUGUGUUGAGGCGGCUCGCCUUGGUUACGCUUACGGUUUCCGGAUUACGUGGCUUGCCUCAAUCCCAUUUGGCGUGAUUGCUAUGUGUUGUGCGGUGGCGGUCCGUGAUCCUUCAAAGUACUUCACCAACCAUGUCGAAGUCCACUUGGAGAAGGAAAUUGGUGGUAACAAGCACGUCAAGGACGGAGAGACUAAGCAAGCCUGA